AUGCGUCUCUUGUUUCCCGCGCUGCUCGUCGCAACAAUGUCGGCCCCCGUGGCGGAUUCCCUCACCGUGUCGCCGGGAUGUGUAGGUAGAUGCGGCGACGUUGACAUCCCCUACCCCUUCGGCAUCGGCAGCGGCUGCUUCCGCAAGGGCUUCGAGAUCUCCUGCGUCAACAACACCAUGCCGGUCAUGGCGGGCACCACCCAGCGGGUGCUGAACCUGACCCUGUCGCCGCGUCCCGAGGCCCGGGUGAUGCUGCCGAUUGCGUGGCAGUGCUUCAACUCCACCGGCGACGUCACCGGGGACUUCGACGGCAAGGUGAACAUGAACCCAGAAGGCGUGUACCGCAUCUCCAGCGAGCUCAACCAGCUCGUCCUCCUUGGCUGCAACACCUUCGCCCAGAUCAAGAGCGGCGUGAGUGGGCGCUUCAACUACCAGUACUACACGGGGUGUGUGGCCUUCGCCAACGACUCCAGUUUGCCGCAGGAUGGCGCGUGCAGGGGCGUCGGCUGCUGCCGCAUCGACAUCCCACCGGGGCUCACCGACAACGUGAUCGACUUCGAGUCUGGCGGCUCCUGGACGCACGAAAACCAGGAGUUCUGCCCGUGCGACUACGCUUUCAUCACCAACAGGGGCUACUACAACUUCCAGAAGGCCCACCUUCGUCACAUGGACGUGAAUACCAGCAUGCCGCUGUCGCUAGACUGGGCCAUCCGUGACAAUGGCAGCCUAUCGUGCGCCGCGGCGGCGACCAAGCCGGGGUAUGCCUGCAUCAGUCGCCACAGCGAGUGCGUCGUCUCCGCCAAUGGCCCUGGCUACACCUGCAACUGCACCACAGGCCGCGAGGGCAACCCCUACGUCGUUGACGGGUGCACCGACAUAGAUGAAUGUGCACCUCAAGCAGGGUAUCCUUGCCGGGGUACAUGCAAGAACACCGACGGUUCAUACGAAUGCACCUGCCGUCCUGGUUAUCAGAGCAAUGACCCAUUUUAUGAACGCUGCACCCCCAGGUUCCCGUUGGCAGCACAGAUUUCCAUAGGUGUAGUAGGUGGGAUUCUUCUCAUAGUCAUUAUGACAUUCACUAUCAUUAUUAUCAAAGAGAAGAAGAAGAUUCAUGACACAUACAAAAGGAAUGGUGGUCCUGUAUUAGAGAAAGCUCGGACUAUAAAGCUUUUCAAAAAGGUUGACCUGCAGCAAAUUUUUAAAAAUGGCAAACUAAUUGGAAAAGGUGGCUUUGGUGAAGUUUACAAGGGCCUUCUCGGUGACGAAUUGGUUGCGGUAAAGAAACCGAUUAGUGGUAAUGUGCUAGAGAGCAAACAAUUUCCAAAUGAAGUCAUCAUCCAGUCUCAAAUAAUCCACAAGAACAUCGUUAGGCUCAUAGGUUGUUGCUUAGAAGUGGAUAGCCCCAUGCUAGUGUAUGAGUUCAUACCCAGAGGAAGCAUGGAUGACAUUCUUCACGGGGAGGAAAAGAAGCCUCUCAGCUUGGAUGUACGUCUAAAUAUUGCUGUAGAAUCAGCACAGGGUCUGGCUUAUAUGCAUUCACAAACCAAUAAAGUAAUCUUGCACGGUGAUGUUAAGCCGGCAAACAUACUCUUGAACGAUGAGUUUGCCCCCAAGAUCUCCGACUUCGGCAUAUCAAGGUUGAUUGCAACAGACAAGGAACACACUGCAUUAGUCAUAGGUGAUAGGAGUUAUAUGGAUCCAGUGUACCUACAGACAGGCAUGUUAACCGCAAAAAGUGAUGUCUACAGUUUUGGAGUUGUGAUCCUAGAGCUUAUCAGCAGGAAGAAGGCCACUUACUCUGAAGAUAACAGCAUAGUGAAGAGUUUCCUUGAUGUUCACAAAGACAGGAAGAAAUCAACUGAGUUAUUUGACACAGAAAUUGCAGUAGAAGAAGAUUUGGACCUUCUUGUCAGUCUGGCAGAGCUUGCCGUGGAUUGUCUUAACCUUGAUGUGGAUCAAAGGCCGACAAUGACUGAUGUUGCGGAGCGUCUUGUCAUACUGAAACGUUCCCGUAAACCGUAAGGCAAUUAAUUCCGUUUGGAAACAUGUAAUCCUGUCGCACUUGUCACGUAGGUUUGCUUUCUGCAAAUAAACCUGACCAUGUAGCGUGAGCUUGUUCACGUCCUGGCCAGAUUAGUAGCUAGGUAGUUUUGCACGUUGCUACAUCUAGCUCGUGGGAUGGACGAGCAGCGGCUGUAACGGCAUAGUCUUGGUUUGCUUUCUGCAAAUAAAUCUGACCAUGUAGCGUGAGCUUGUUCACGUCUUGUCCAGAUUAGUAGCUAGGUAGUUUUGCACGUUGCUACAUCUAGCUCGUGGGAUGACACGAGUAGCGGCUAUAACGGCGUAGUCUUGAGGGUGGUCAAGGGACGUGGGA